AAUGGUUUUCUAAUUGAAACAAUAUGCUAGAGCUCUGCUAGCCUGGCAUAGCAUCGAUUCUGUUGGUGGAUAUUAUAAAUACCUGUGAUGAAAAUGACCUUUCACUCUCGGCAUCUUGAACUAGGGCUGGGUGGGCUGCAGGGCCGGUUAAUUUUAUUCACAGCAUAAUUAAAGGCAUAUAUAAUGCGCGAGUUUUCUCAAACCUUACCAUCGUCAUAUUCGGGACAGAAAUUCUGAAGUUUCGUAUUUGGUAGAAAAUCUGGACUCCUGCAUGAUUUUGUAUGCAAAGCAAAAUCCAAUCCAUCUAUGAAAAACUCUCGUAACUUACCUGAGUGAUCAGUGAUACUGACCAUUCAAUCAUGGAACCUGAACCUAUUGAUAGUGAAGAUGAGGUCGAGGUUGAGAAAGCAGCACCACUCAUUGAAAGAAAUGGUAAUAAAAGUGAUCCCAGACUCCAGGAUGAUGAAGAAUGUGAAGAAGAAGAAGAAGAAAAAGAAGAAGAAAAAGGUUGUUGUGAAAAGUUUAGAGAUUGGCUACACAGUGUUUUUUUCCUGGUCUACUGCAGCCAUCUGUUGUCAACUUGGGGAGAUCGGAUGUGGCAGUUCGCCGUUGGCCUGUUCCUCGUCAGCCUUACCAAGGACUCGCUACAGCUAACUGCUAUCUAUGGGUUUUCCUCUGGAGCUUGUGUGCUGUUGUUCGGAGCAGUAAUCGGGGACUGGGUGGACAGGAAUCCAAGGCUCAAGGUUGCCAGGACAACGCUCAUCAUCCAGAAUCUCAGCGUCAUGAUCUGUGCCGUUGUCCUUUGCAUGAUGUUGGUGUACCCGGUUGCUAUGGCAACAGUCUGGGAUGGAUGGCUCAACAACAUCUGUCAAAUACUCGUCAUUGUUUUUGCCGAUAUUGCUAUCCUCGCCAGCACUGGACACAAGAUUGCGAUUGAGCGAGACUGGGUGGUGGAAAUCUGUGAACGGAAGACGACAACUAUGACAAGGAUGACAGCUAUUCUUCGCCGCAUUGACUUAACAACCAACAUUCUAGCUCCUGUGGGGGUUGGCCAGAUAUUUACAUUCGGAUCUCUCUUCAUCGGUGCCGUCUUCAUCGCCGUGUGGAAUUUGGUCUCGUUCUUCAUCGAGUAUUACCUCUUGUGGAGAGUAUAUCACGCGGUCCCAGCCCUGGCUUCAAAGGCUAAAAAGACACAAGGACAAGGAGAUGGCAGUAUUGAAAAUGGCGAGCUGCAGCCAAUCGCAGCAAUGCCAGACGUCAAAGUGCCCGAACCGUCCAAGAAAUGCCCAAACAUUUGUUACAAGAUCUUUGGUACCUUUAUCACCCUGGUGAAAGGCUGGCGUUGUUACAUGCGACAGAGUGUGCGGUUUGCUGGCCUGGGACUGGCGUGUCUCUACAUGACUGUGUUGGGUUUCGAUAACAUCACCAUUGGUUAUGCGUACUCUCAAGGGAUGUCCGAGUCCAUAUUGGGUGUCAUGAUGGCCCUCGGGGCAAUAACAGGAAUCCUUGGUACUUACGGUUUCCAGUAUUCAAAAGGAAAAGUCGGAUUAGUACGGACUGGUUUGUUCUCCCUAUGGGGUUUAGUGGCAUGUCUGACACUGUGCGUGGCAUCGAUAUGGGUCCCAGGGAGCCCCUUCGACCCCUAUCUAAAUCAUAACACUCUGAAUGAUUUUGAUUCAAAUUGUACUAUCUCAUCAAUAAAUUCAUCUUUAUACGGCUCAGGUUCAAACUCUGGCCUGGGAUUUUCCAUGGACGAUCACAAGGAGUUGCCAGAUAUGACGCGAACGAAUCUACCGUUUGUUAACCAGAACUCUACCCCAUUCAAUGACUCUUCUUUAAAUGAUACGCUGGAUUCAGGAGACAGUGGAUUUCAAUUGCCAACUGGUGCAUGUAUCAAUUCAACAGCGGAGGAUAAGAAUUUCUUCUCGCUGGCAUUGCUGAUGACAGGAAUCAUCACUGCUAGGUUUGGUUUAUGGAGUGCAGAUCUCGUCAUCACACAGUUGGUACUAGAAACGGUUGUGGAGACAGAACGUGGGACUGUCAACGGCGUGCAGAGCUCACUGAACAUGCUAAUGGACAUGAUCAAGUUCAUCCUCGUCAUCAUCGCACCUGACCCUCACACGUACGGAAUCCUGAUCCUCAUAUCGUUCAUCUUCAUCUGUCUCGGGUUGAUCUGCUAUGCUGUUUAUAGCCGGAAAGUGCGUGGUCAUCUGUUUCAUUUCAACAAGUGCGGCGGAGGAAAGCAGGCCCAGAGUUCACCGGUGCAGACUGUGGAACCAUCUCCUGUCGAAUUGGCAUAGGACAUAACGUUCAUUUAUAAAAUUGUCUGCCAGGUGCAAGUACACUAGUUAAGUCAGGCAGACAGGUCCUUUUUAGAAUCAAAAACAGAAGCACAGAAGGGUUGAAGCGACCGUUGACAAGCACCGGGAAUUUGGCAUGGAUCUCAUAAUCUUUAGAAAAGUAACACUUGAUAGACUCUACUACCUCAGUUGCAAUUUUUAACCUCGCUUUUAAGGAGAGAUUUAUUCAAUCAUCCAGCCUUCAUUUUCAAAAUUCCAGCUGGGUAUUGGUUUUUGAAGAUAUUGUUUAAGGAAUUGAUACCGAACUGGAGGUGUUGACGGCCUCACCAAAAUGGCAAGGGUGGAGCUAAAAUGUAGACCAAAACCGAGGCAUAUCAAUUUCUAUUCUAAAACAUCUCUAAUUAGAUAAUGAAUGAUGUGGUUUUAAAUGCUUUUUGACUGCUUCCAUACUUUGUGGUUAUGGUUCCCCAAUCAUAACCGCGGAAGUCAAAAUGAGGCACCGUAGUCGUAUAGUGUAUUUACACUGUAAACUGUGGUUCAUUGUAAAUCUAGAUGUUUUAGAAUAUGAAUCUCAAUGAUGUUUGUUUCAUCAAAUUGUUGUUUGAAGUUUUCUAGCAACAUAGUUGUCCCCCUGUUGACCGCUCUGAAAACUUCUUCAGAACAGCUUAUAGGUUUUAGUUCUAUUCUCUUCAUCUGCUCUUUAAAAAUACUUGUAUAUUUUUCUAGUUGUUGUUUUUAUUUUAAUGUACUUUUUAACCUUUAGGUGCUGAAUGUACAUAUAUGAAUGAAAGAUACCCGUGAUAAUAAGAAAUGAUUUAACAAAGAAUUUAAUU